AUGCUCUUCUCAAGAUCCACCUUCGUCCUAUAUGAGUACGAUCCCAGCCUGGCAGCUGCGGUGAUAUUUGCUGCAUUGUUCAUCUUGACCACGGGGUUUCACUUUUAUCAAAGGAUUCGGAGUCAUGCCAAAUACUUUAAUCCCUUUAUUGUUGGAGGAGUGUUCCAAGUAAUUGGCUACAUCGUUCGCGCAAAAGCCCAUUAUGACCAGACCUCAACUACUCUGUACUCUAUACAAACUCUGCUUCUUCUACUGGCACCCACCCUCUACGCAGCAUCGAUAUACAUGGUUCUAGGGAGGAUCAUCACCUUCCUGAACGCGCAACAUCUAAGCGUUAUUCCCGUGAAAUGGAUGACAAAAAUAUUUGUCUCCGGCGACAUUCUGUCUUUCAUCCUCCAAGGUGCAGGCGGCGGCAUAAUGGCCAACGGCUCCACAAGCUCCAUGAAAAUAGGCCAGUGGGUCAUUGUAGUGGGUCUAUGUGUGCAACUACUUUUCUUCGGGGCCUUCUUGAUUGCCUCCAUUACCUUUCAUUGCAGAAUAAACCGAAACCCUACAGCAGAAUCAGAUAAGACAAUGAGCCCCGCAAAAUUCUGCUUGCCGAAGGACUGGAGGGGUCUACUAUUCGCAUGCUACUUUGUCAGCGUUCUGAUCCUCAUCCGAUCGGUUUACCGUCUUAUUGAGUUUGCGCAGGGUAAUAGUGGCUAUGUGAUUAGCCAUGAAGUUUUUCUAUAUGUCCUCGACGCGUCGAUGAUGUUUCUGGUCAUGUUGACCAUGAAUUUGUUUCACCCGUCGAUUGUUCUGCAAGAUGGCAUUUAUCAUCAGCGUAUUGAUCUCGAGGAACUUAGCCUGAGGCGUGAGGGUGGAGAUGUAUGA